CUGAUCAAAAAAUAAGUUAAUAGUGACCAUAAAACUAACUGAGUAAACACUCAUAAAUGAUGUUUGAGUUUUUGAUGUGAUAUUUGUGUUAUUUAUUUUCUUUGAUUGAUUAAUUUAUUAUUGCGUGAUGACUAAUUUCUGGCUCAUACUUAUUAUUGUCAGUGCUGUUUGUCACUAUUUGCUUUAAGAAAACAUACUGGAUCAACUGCCAGUAAAUUCUGUAGCAUCUGAACUCACAGUACGACAAACAAGCCUCCGCAUUGAUCUGAGCUAACAGCAGAGGUUACCCAACUCUGAUCUGACCUGACAGACGUUUCCAAACCCUGAUGAGUCACAGCUUUGUCAAACUGAACCAGGAGGCUUAAAAUGAUCUGACAGCAGCUGGAGAGAUUCAUUCGACAACCAGACUUUACACAGAGGAAGAACAGCCGAAACAAAGAUGGAACGGCGCAAUUUACUCGUCUGUCUCGGUUUGAUUUUUACGGCCUCCGCUCUGGGCACGCAACUCAACCCCAGGGGAAAUCGUCCAGUGGAGCAGGGCACCAGAGGCGAUAAAUGUACCACUCAGAGGGAGUGGCCUUUCUGCACAGAUGAUGAUUGGGGCCCUAAAUGCCCAUCGGGCUGCAGGAUCCAAGGUCUGUUGGAUCAAUACGACCACAGCCACCUGAAGAGAAUCGAGAAGAUCCGCAGCCUCCUGGAUCAGUACAAGGCCAAGCACCGCUCUGCCGACCAGGUGUCCAAACAGACCUACGACUACCUGAAGGAGAAACUCACUAUUGAUUCUGGUAAUGACAACAGCUACUACGACUUGGCCCAGAAUCUGCGUCAAAGAAUCACAGACAUGAAGAUCAAGAUCGACAGACAGUUGAGGAUCCUGAGUGCUCUGAAGGACCGAGUCAAAGACCAGGUCAUCGAGAUGCAGAGAAUGGAGGUUGACAUCGACAUUAAGCUCCGUUCCUGCAAAGGAUCCUGCGUGAGCUAUACCGAGGACCAGCUCGACAAGAGCACCUACGUGGAGCUUGAGAAACAGGUUGACCAGCUGGACACCCAUGCGGCUCAGAGCGUCGAGUCUGUGGGCACACUGUACGUGAUGAAGAGCAGGCAGCUGAAGGAUGUGGUUGUGGACACCGUCUUCAAGUCCAAGGACGUCAUUAGCGGAGCGGCAGCAGAGCAGAGACAAGACAUGUUCCCUGAGGUGAAAACUGUCAAGUUGAUCCUAGAGGAGGAAGGCUCCAGCUCAUCCCCAGCUAGCAUCUCCAAGGUCCCAGGUACUUCCUACUCUCCGUCUACAUCUUCAUCAUCAUCAUCAUCAUACUCAUCCUCCUCCCAUUCCUCCCAACCAUCUAAAUCCAUCACUGAGCUUGGGGGACGGGGCGACGGUGAAUUCUUUGGCGUGGGUGGAGCACAACCCAGUACAGGCCACGUGUCCACCAAAAGCGUCUCCUGCACUAAGAGCAUCAGGAGAACCAUCGUCCACACGAAGGAUGGGCCAGUGGAAAGGACGGAGGAGGUGAUGGAGGGAGGCCCCGAGUGCCAAGGGGCGACAGACCUCACCAAGGGAGGAAUGGGCGCCUUCUUCCCCAGCCUCAGCCACGCAUCCUCCUCCUCCUCCUCUUCCUCUAUGUCCACCAAGACCAUGCACGCCGGUGGUGCCAAGGGAAGCCUCUUAGCAGAUGGCAGACAUGGCUUUGGAUUUCCACCCAGUGGGAUGGACCUUGGCGCGUUCAUGAUGGCCCGCGUAGAAGAUGACAUGCCCGAUUUCCACGCCCGGAGUGUGAAGAGCACGCGUGUCGAGCGGCAAGCUGAUUAUAUAGGAAAAGAUUGUGUUGAAGCCUACCAGAACCACCUGAAAGGGGAAACGAACGGCCUGUUUAAGAUCAAACCCGGCGGCACGGAGUCCACAGAGGUAGUGCAGGUUUAUUGCCAGCAGGAGGGGCUAAUGGGUGGGUGGUUGUUAGUCCAACAAAGAGAGAGUGGUAUGCUCAGCUUCAACCGCACCUGGGCUGAAUACCGCAAAGGAUUUGGCUCAGUCAAUGAGCAGGGCAAGGGGGAGUUUUGGCUAGGCAAUAAGAACCUCCACCUGUUGACUAAUCAGGGUGAGACCAUGCUGAAGGUGGAGCUGGAGGAUUGGGAAGGGGGCAUAGCCAGUGCUGAAUACAUAAUCAGGGUUGGUUCUGAGGAGGAGGGAUACCCACUGCAUGUUUCUGGGUACACUGGGGACGCCGGAGAUGCUCUGGUGAUGCCUAAGUCUGAUAUGGCAUCUUACCUGUCGCACAACGGGAUGAAAUUCAGCACCUUUGACAGAGACAAUGAUAAGUGGGAGGAAAAUUGCGCAGAAAUGUUUGGGGGUGGGUGGUGGUACAACAACUGUCAGUCAGCUAACUUAAAUGGGAUUUAUUACAGAGGUUCAUACAACCCAGAGAAAAACACGCCAUAUGAGAUUGAAAAUGGAGUCAUCUGGGUGACGUACAAACCAGCCACUUAUAGCCUGAAAACUGUUAGGAUGUUUAUCCGACCAGCUGCUUUUUAACAGGACAUAGAGAAGGGGAAACGUAGGAAAAACCUGUCAAAUAAAUCCUUUUAUGCAAGGCACAAAAAACAAGGGAAUAAAAUAAGAGAAGUAAAACAGAAGAGCCUGUAGUGACACACUGAACCCCAGAAUAAAUAAAUAUUUGAGGACAAAAAUCAAAGGUGGUUUACAGCCUUUCAGACCUUGCAGACUGUUGAUCUAUUCGUAAAUCAUUAUGGGAUUUCAAAAUCAUGUCAAACAGUGUCAGUGUGUUAAUGUGUAUUUUUGUUGAGUCUUAUUUUUGUCCACACUUUGUGUAAACGUCGUUGACCUGUUUGCUAUCGUUAUCUAACCAGUGUUCUUAGAGUGACCUUAUGUUCUCCCUGUU